AUGACUGAAGAUCAGACUGCCGAAGAACAAAAGAAGGAGGAACAUACAAAGAGCACAAUGUUCCUGUACGCAGACACGACAACCCUGACUGCUGAGAAUGUGACAGGUCUGCUGUACCUGGCCAAGAAAUACGCUGUGGGGAGUCUAGAGCGUAUGUGUCUAACUUUCCUGGAAUCGUCCCUGACGGCAAAGAACGCCUGUGUCAUCUUGGAACAAGCCCACGUCUUUGACGAGGAGAAGCUUUUUGACAGGGCUCUGGAGCUUGUUGUCAAACAUGGUGCUACCACUGUUAAAAGCUCUGGCUUCACAUCACUUUGUGCUUCUUGUUUUCAUAAAGUUGUAAGCGCAGAUGAUUUCUUAACAAAUGAUGAAACAAGUUUCAAUGCUGCCCUCUCGUGGGCUGAGACAGAGUGUAAACGCCAAGGAAGGGAGAUAACUCCAGAAAACAAACGUCUUGUUCUGGGAGAAACCGUGUACGAGCUUGAUUUUACCGCAAUGGGAACGAAGGCUUUCGCGAAAGUAGUUGUACCGUCUGGAAUAUUAUCGGGCGACGAAUGUACCAAGUUGUUGUGUCACAUGAUCUUACCUGGUACCGAUGUGGCACCCUUCAAAAUAAAGCCAGAACUUGACUCGUGGGUCACUCUGUAUGCAGAUCGAAUUGACAGGGAUCCAAGUAAGAUUGACUCUAACCUCCUCAUCAUCACAUGCAGCGACGACAAGCGCCUACUUGGUUUCUUAGCAUAUGGUGAUGACAGCUGCAAAUAUAGCAUUUGUCUUUAUCGAGAACAGGAUAAAAAAGAUGGGUAUUAUGGUACUAUUAAAACCUGGGUCAAAAGAAAAGCAAGUGUAUCAUUUGUGGUGAUGAGAAGCUUUGCCAACGAAGUCCAACUGAAGGUGUCAGAGGCAUUGGUUCUAGAAAAGUUAUGCAGGUAUAAAAUUGAAGUUACAAGAGAGUCAAAUAAAAGUGCAUUCUCAGGCCCCUCCGUAUUCAGUAAUAUCACAGUUGGGAACUGCCAGAUAUCAAUUACAGAAGAACGUGGCCCGGGUCUCUGA